AUCGUCGACAUCUGGUUCCGGUGCAUUCUCUCUCGCCCUUGUCAUUUCGCUUCCCAACUUGAAAGUUUUGCCUGCACACACACACACGAGAUAGCCGUCGGUUCUUGGCUUCUUGCGUGCCGCCGUUGAUCGCCAUGGCCCGGCGGCGGGUCCGGACGUGGGCUGCAGCCGUCGCCACGGGUGUGCUCGUCGUCGUCGUCGCUACUGCUUCUGCUGCUGCGGCGGCGGGGGCCGAGGAGAAGCUGAUGGUGGAAAUGACCCUCGUCCCGGGCGCCGCGUCGACGGGAGCAGUGUGCCUCGACGGGAGCCCGCCGGCGUACCACCUCCACCAGGGCUCCGGCGCCGGCGCUCGCGGCUGGCUGCUCCAGUUCGAGGGCGGCGGUUGGUGCAACGGCGCGCGGUCGUGCGCCCAGAGAGCCCGCACUUCACUAGGUUCCAGCAGCCUCAUGAACAAGCUCGACACGUUCUCCGGAUUGCUCAGCAACGAUCCCGCCAUGAACCCUGAUUUUUACAAUUGGAAUCGAGUGAAAAUGCGAUACUGCGAUGGCGGCUCCUUCACAGGCAAUUCAGAGUUCAGAAAUGGUUCUUCAGUCAUCUACAUGAGAGGCCAGAGGAUAUGGGAUGCAAUCAUCACAGAUCUCUUCCAGAAAGGCCUUGCGAAAGCCGAAAAGGUGCUGCUCUCAGGCUGCUCAGCAGGAGGUCUAGCUACAUUCUUCCACUGCGACGACCUCGAGGAGCGUCUCCGAGGCACUGCCAUGGUGAAAUGCAUGAGCGAUGCAGGGUUUUUCCUUGAUGUGGACGAUAUCUCCGGCCGCAACACCGUCAGGUCUUUCUUCAACGGGGUAGUCGAUUUCCAGGGGGUUCAGAAGAAUUUGAACAAAAACUGUUCGGAUUCAACAGUAAAAUCUUAUCAGUGCUUCUUCCCGCAAUAUGCGCUUCGGAGCAUCAGAGCCCCCUAUUUCAUCUUGAAUUCAGCUUACGACGUAUAUCAGUUUUUCCAAAAUUUUGUGCCCCGUUCGUCUGAUCCUAGAGGUCAAUGGAGUCGCUGUAAAGUGGCCCUUAGUGCAUGCAACUCAUCCCAAAUUGCAACUCUCCAAGGCCUGAGAAGCGCAAUGUUAAUGGCUCUGAAACCAUUCGAAGGCGAAUCGAAGGUGGGGAUGUUCAUCAAUUCUUGCUUUUCACAUUGCCAGAGCGAGUCCCAGGACACAUGGUUUGCACCAAAUUCCCCAAGACUACAUGACAAGACAAUUGCGAAGCUGGUUGGUGAUUGGUUCUUUGAAAGGGGUGCCGCCCAAGAAGUUGACUGCCCCUAUCCUUGUGACUCGACUUGUCACAACAUUAUACCAUUUUAAUUAGGUUAGGCCACUGAGUUUUAGGGUUUAUGCAUUGGUCAGUGGCUAGAAAUUCUAUACGAAAUUCAUAGAUAUGCAUCGUGUUAAAACUUGUGCACUUGUAACUCAUGAGAUAAUAUGAUCAAAUGUCUUAUGACAAAGAAAGCACAUUACUACGGAACA